GUUGGUUCUAUUCUACGAGAGAGACUUCAUCCUGAGAACUCCCCAAAUUCCAAACAAUAAAAAACAAGAGCCUCUCUAUUUCUCUACCAAAAUGGCACUCUCUUUGCCCUUACCAAAACCCCAGCAACAGCAACAGCAAACCACCACCACCACUGAGGGUGAGAUCCAAGAAAUCGACAUUUUCCAUCAAUUCGACGUCGUAUCUGACUCGUCAGAUCACCACUAUCUCGUAAACAACAUCGACAACGACAGCAGCAGCAGCAGCAGCAGCAGCAAAAAAACCAAAGACGGUGGAGGAGAUUCUUUAACAAAUAUCUCAAGUGGGGUCUACAAGAAGAUCAUGCAAGAAUGGAAAAUCCUCGAAAAACACCUCCCUGAUUCAAUCUACGUUCGUGCGCACGAGAAUCGUAUCGAUCUCUUAAGAGCAGUAAUCAUAGGAGUCGCAGGUACACCAUACCAUGAUGGACUUUAUUUCUUUGACAUUGCUUUCCCACCAGAUUACCCAGCCCGCCCCCCUCUGGUUUAUUACAGAUCAUUCGGGUUACGAAUCAACCCGAAUUUAUAUGCAAAUGGGCGGGUGUGUUUAAGUUUACUGAACACUUGGCCCGGUAGAAAAAGUGAGAAAUGGAACUCCAGCGAAUCCACAGUACUUCAAGUUCUGGUCUCCAUCCAAGCCCUUGUUUUGAAUGAGAAACCAUAUUACAACGAACCGGGUAAUGGGGUGUUACCGGGUCGGGCCAUAUGGGAGAAGAAAUCAAAUGCUUAUAGUGAGAAUGUUUUUUUCUUGUCUUGCAAGACGAUGUUGUUUUUAUUACGUAGGCCGCCAAAGAAUUUCGAGGGUUUUGUUGCUAGCCAUUUUAGAGAGAAGGCAAGUGUUAUAUUAUCAGCUUGUAAUGCUUAUAUUAAUGGUCAAACUAGAGUUGGGUAUUAUAGAAAUGACGGGUCAUGUUCAAGUGGUAAUUCAUCAACUGUUGAUGUCUCGGAUAAAUUUAAAGGGUUGAUGGGUCAAUUAUAUCCAGAAUUGCUUUUGGGUUUCAAGAGAAAUGGAGCGUCUUUGGGGAAUUUUGUGGAGCCGUCGGUGCAGCCGGUCGAGAUGAAAACGAGGUCGUUUAAGGGGAAAGCAGUGAUUCAAAGUAAGAAGAGUGGAUUUGCAAGGACGGUGUUUGCGAAAUUAAAGAGAGUUUUGGGGUUAAAGAAGAUGAAUAAGAGUGGCAAAAGCGGGGUCAAAAAGAAGGGUUUUUGACGGAGGAUUCUUGAUUUGUUGAUUUAUCAAGGUACUUUUAGAACUUGUUUUUAGAAUCUUUUACGAUGAUGAUCAUGACCAUUCAAUACUGUUAUCGCUAAUAUCAAGUUUUGAAUCCUGUACUG